AUGCCGGAGUUCUUUCCAGCCUACCGCAAGGAGCGGAACCAGAAGCCAAUUCUAUUUAAGAAUGCUCGGAUUUACGAUGGAUCUGAUGUGCUGACCGAACCAAAGGAUGUUCUUGUACUUGGCAAUUUGAUCCAAGAUGUUGGGUCGAACAUCAGUUCGGACCACUGGAGCGCUGUGACGGUGGAUUGCAGCGGCUACACCUUGAUGCCAGGAUUGAUUGACAUGCAUAGCCAUCUGUGCAUUCAGGAGGGUAUGCUGGAAGGUCGUGACACUUAUGACCAAAUGGCUAUGGGUGCCAUGUGUGGUCAGGAUUGUGUGGACUACUUGCUCCAAGGCUUCACCACCUGCCGCGACGCGGGCGGCAAUGUGUUGGGCAUCGCCAAGGCCAUCAACGACGGUCGCCUUCCCGGGCCUCGGAUCUUCGCCUCGGGUGCCUUCCUCAGUCAGACGGGUGGCCACGGGGACACAGGCUGCGGCUUUGAUCAACCCAACGAUCAAGACCAGCUCGAGCGGAAUGGCUUCUCCCACAUUGUGGAUGGGAGGCCACAAAUGUUGAAGGCAGCACGGAACAAUUUGCGGAAUGGAGCCACACAACUGAAGAUCAUGGCAGGUGGUGGUUGUGCAAGUGCCUUUGACCCCAUUCACAUGACCCAGUUUACGGAAGAUGAAAUGAGGGCAGCUGUGGAAGUGGCCAAGGACUACGGCACCUAUGUCCUUGCGCAUGCCUACCAUGAUGACUCCAUCAACAGAUGCCUUGAUGCAGGGGUACGAUGCAUCGAGCAUGGAUUCUUGAUGUCUGAAUCAACCAUGAAGCGCAUUGCAGAUGUUGGAGCUGCAAUUUCAUUGCAAUGUGUAAUGUCCAUGGAAGCCUUUGCGGAGCCCGAAAAGAUCACCUUUUUCAACAAGGAUCAGAAGAAGAAGGCCGGCAUGGUGGCAGCAGGUGCGAAGAAGAUGAUGGAAUAUGCCCGCAAAUACCGGCCCCUCAUUGUCUCCGGUGGGGAUAUGUUUGGCGGGAUUGCUCAACACCGGCAGGCGGACAACAUCAUCACCCUGGUGACAUUGGCAGGCUUCUCUCCAGCAGAGGCCUUGCGGACAGCAACGGGAGAUGCAGCAAAAGUCUUGGCUUGGAGUGGUGGGAUGACCCCAUACAAGGAUGGACACUUGGGAGUGGUUGAGAGCGGGGCAUAUGCUGAUCUCAUAUUGGUGGACGGCAAUCCCUUAGAAGAUAUCACUUGCUUGAAGCGUGAUCGUGUUGCCGUGGUGGUGAAGGAUGGAGUUUGCUACAAGUACAUGAUGCCUCCCGGCCGAGCAAACCCGGAGACGGACUUAUCACCUGAGUUGAGGAAGGGGUGA